AUCGGUCUGAUUUGGUUCGUCCUUUUGGUUGUCAUAGCGUUGUCCGGUUGUCCUUUUCUUUUUCCUGGGAGCUUUCCCUAUUUCUCUCUCUCUCUCUCUCUCUCUCUCUCUCUCUUUUCCUCCCUCUCUCUCUUUUCACUCUCUCUUUGCUGGUGUUCUCCCUUUCUUCGACCAUCCUUUCGUCCUAUCUCCGGUCUCGACCAGCCUAUUGUUCAGUCGUUCAACUUCUCCUCCCUCGCUCGACCCUCCCCCUUGCUUCCUCCCCCCUCUUAUCGUCUCUCUCACCGCGAGAGAGAAGACAAAAAAAGGGGUUGACACGUCCGUCACUAUAAUUACCGCCCUAUCGAGACCGUGAUCUCCCUCCGUUUCUUCCUAUCCGAUCAAACGACGCCUACGAUGACACCCCGAGAUUCAACCGCGGCCUCGUCCCGCCGACGACCUUCCCUCUCCACCAAGCCUCGACCACGGACCUCAGCCUCGGCCGCACCACCCACCACGGUGGUGGAAUCCGACCCGUGGAGCGGGGUGCCGGUGCUGGACCCUCGCGACGAUGAGAAUGAAGUACUGGAGGACAUGAAUUGCUUUCCCGACGGCGUGCCCCGCCGUCGGAAAACCAAGAGCUUUUCCAACAUGCGCCACCCGGUCGACGGACUGCGGGCGCUGGGACGUCGCCUGUCCGUCAGCAUCCGCAACAAGUCGUCCCGCCACUCUGUCCAGCCCUUGGACUCCUGCCACGACUCGGGUUCGGACAGUUGGGACGCCGGGGUCAGAGAUGCCGCCGUCAGCCGCCGUGCGUCCCUCAGCAGCGUGGCGGGGUGGCAAUACUAUGCCCCCAUCGCCGUUCCCAUCCCCGGUAGCGGUCGGGCACCCCCCAUUCUUCCCCAAAAUAUCUACGCCGGGUCCGCGGCGCGCGCCGCCGCGGCCGCCCAGAACGAAAUGGCCCGCUCGGAACGGGAUGGCACCAAAUUGGCGGAUCCCAACCGCUUGACGCUUGAUUCCGAGAGUGGCAUCGGCAUCGAUCUCCGGGAUCGGUCCGAGGGCUCCGACGUGGACCUGGCGGUUGUGCGCCUGGAUCCGGUGACGUUCCUGCCGCCCGAGAUCAUGUCCCAGGUGCUGGCCUGCCUCGACCCGCCAUCCCUCAUGCAGGCGGAGCUGGUGUCUCGGUCGUGGAGUGAGCAGGCCUCCUCCCGCCACAUCUGGCGUCAAGUUUUCCGGCGCGCCUACGGCCACCAUCGCCCCAGUGGCCUCUCCUCCAAGAGGAAGCAGCCCGCCGGCCUGGGACGGCCCGUGCCCAACCAGGACUGGAAGCGCAUGUUCCUGGUCCGCCGCGCGUUGGAGCACCGCUGGAAGAAGGGCAAGGCCGCCGCCAUCUACCUUCAGGGGCACACCGACAGCGUGUACUGCGCGCAAUUUGAUGAAGACAAGAUCAUUACAGGCUCCCGCGACCGCACCAUCCGCGUGUGGGAUGCCCACUACCCCUGGCCCUGCCGCAAGGUCAUUGGACCCUCCCCCGCGGAGGUCCCUGGGACGGGCCCGGUCAACAACCCGACCCAGCAGACAUCGGGCACGCCUCCCUUCCUGACCAUCCACCCGCCGCCCACGCAGUCGGCGGGCACCGGGGCUCUCGUUGAAGGGACGGACGACCAUCACAGCGCGUCGAUCCUGUGCCUGCAGUUCGACGAGGAGAUUAUGGUGACGGGGUCGUCGGACUACACGUGCAUUGUGUGGGACAUCAAGCAGGACUACCGGCCGAUCCGCCGGCUGAGCGGCCACCGGGCCGGCGUGCUGGACGUCUGCUUCGACGACCGGUACAUCGUGUCGUGCUCCAAAGACACAACCAUCUGCGUCUGGGACCGGGCGACGGGGGCGCUCGUCAAGAAGCUGCUGGGCCACCGCGGCCCCGUCAACGCCGUGCAGCUGCGCGGCGACCUGGUGGUGUCAGCCAGCGGCGACGGGGUGGCCAAGCUGUGGAACAUCGCGUCGGGCCUGUGCGUCAAGGAGUUCCCCAGCAAGGACCGCGGGCUGGCUUGCAUCGAGUUCAGCGACGAUGCGCGCACCAUCCUGACGGGCGGCAACGACCAGGUGAUCUACCAGUUCGACGCCAACACGGGCGACAUGGUGCGGGAGCUCGAGGGCCACGGCGGGCUGGUGCGGUCGCUGCACCUGGACAGCGCCAGCCAGCGCAUCGUCAGCGGCAGCUACGACAUGAGCGUCAAGGUGUUUGACGCCGAGACGGGCGAGCUGUCCAUCGACCUGCCGGGCUGGACGACCAGCUGGAUGCUGAGCGUCAAGUCGGACUACCGCCGCAUCGUGGCGACGAGCCAGGACUCGCGCACGGUGAUAAUGGAUUUUGGAUAUGGAUUAGACGGGAUAGAACUGUUAGAGGAGGGGUCCUGAUUAGAUUUUUUUUUUUUUUUUUUUU